UGAACACGCGGUGCCCGCGUCGGUGCUACGGCAGCCAGCGAGCGGUCGGUGAGGGCGAGAGAGGACCUGUACGGCGGCGGGCGGGCGUUCCAAAAGCCCAGCGGCACCCACUCGAGUGAGUGUUGGCGCGGAGAGCGCACGGACCAGCCAGCACUGGACGAAUGGCGACAACGGAACUACGGAUAAGUCCGGUGGUGUCCUGAGUGGCCGCGUGCUGUGCAGGCGUGUAGUGCCAACAGAGACAUGGGCCAAGCGGAGGAACCCUGGAGGGCCUCCGCGUUCCGCAGAGUGACUUCGCUGGGAACAGUAUUGCAGUGGCUUCUGCUAGCGGGUCUAGCAACUGUUACCGUGCUGUGCGUGAUUAGAGUGUGCGAUCUGGAAGCACGGGUGGACUCUCUAGAACGACGACUUCAACGGGCGGACAGCCUAGAGCAAGAGACGCCACUUACUAGGAGUAAAAGGGAUAGUCCUACCACAGAGUGCUUAUGUCCACAAGGGCCUCCAGGCAAGCGGGGAAAGCGGGGAAAACAAGGCGAUGCAGGAACCCAAGGGCCACCGAUUCUGCAGCGAAGGCGACGGAGUUCACGGACUCCCUGGCCAGGCCCAGCGGGACCUCCUGGAAAGCCCGGAUUUCCUGGCGCCAUUGGGAUCGACGGACCAAAAGGGGACGCAGGGGAAAAAGGCGACAAGGGCGAUAAGGGCGACUCGGGGAUCGACUUAGUUUCCAAUGUCAAGGGUGUAAAACGUUCAGUGAAGAUGCCCCACGGGGGCAUCGCUGACACCAUCGAUAUUAAGGAGCUGGCAAAUAUUGGAGUAACAUUCUCGCCGGGAGACGUAUUCAUGAUGAAGGGCGCUCAGGGAGAGCCUGGAGCUCCUGGGUCCCCGGGUCUUCCUGGGCCUCCAGGGCUACCGGGUUUCGAUGGUGGUACAGGACCUCCGGGGCCAAUAGGAGCACCCGGAGAAAUGGGACCGCCCGGACCUCCUGGCCUUGUCGGUCCAAUUGGGAAUGAUGGUCAGCCAGGACCAAAAGGAGACAAAGGCGACAAAGGCGAACGAGGCCUAACGACGACGUUAGACGGCAACACCUUCCCCACGGGUUUCAUUGAGGGACCCGCCGGGCCCCCAGGUCCCCCGGGCCAAGCGGGACCACCUGGACGAAAAGGCGACGUGGGGACCCAAGGGCCUCCUGGAGAGGACGGCGCCAAGGGAGACAAAGGCGAACGAGGUCGCAGAGGCAAGAAGGGAAAUGCUGGCAGAGACGGGAGGUCGGUACGGGGUCUCCCUGGUCAGAAAGGAGAGCCUGGAGAAAAAGGAAUGAAGGGGGAUUUCGGCCUACCAGGCGCAAGGGGCGAGAAAGGAUCGACGGGCCAUGCGGGGAGACCUGGACUAGACGGCACGUCCGGUCGUCCUGGACUUCCAGGCGAUAAGGGGGUCAAAGGAGAGAAAGGCAGCGUUGGAGAUCAAAGCCCUCCCGGCAUUAUGGGUAUGCCAGGACUGCCAGGUCCGCCAGGUAAAGCUGGCCCGCCAGGAGAAAAAGGAGAUAAAGGAGACACUGUACCUGUGAGAUACAUCAAGCAGAAAUCGAAGCGAAGACACCCCGACCAUCAUCAUCACCAUCAUUUCCCAGGGGAUCAGAGCGGAACCCAGGGAGACAGCGCCGCAUUUGAGACGUCGUACGAUUUUGUUAUCGGACCCCCUGGACCACCGGGUCCGGUCGGACCUCCUGGCUUGACUGGCCCUCCGGGCAUUAAGGGAGACAAGGGAAUCGACGGACAAAAAGGAGAACCUGGAGAAGCGGGCGAGCGUGGACCAAUGGGACCCAUGGGCCUUCCGGGUCCGAUGGGGGCCAAGGGAGGCUAUGGACGGGAGGGCCGCCCGGGCCUCAUGGGCCCGCCGGGACUGGAUGGUAUGAAGGGGGAACGCGGUGUACCUGGAAACAAAGGUGAAAAAGGCGAACCCGGGCUUCCAGGUACAGACGGCAUUCCUGGGUUACCGGGACCCAAGGGUGAACGCGGAGAGCUGGGAGCUUUGGGACCACGCGGCAAGAGAGGCAAGAAAGGCGAUAAGGGUGACAAAGGUGACCAGGGCGUGCCAGGGCUCGACGCUCCAUGUCCACUUGGUCCAGAUGGUCUUCCCCUGCCUGGAUGUGGAUGGAAACCGCCCAACACGUUAGGGGGUCCCGUACCACCUAUUCCUCCCGAGGACGAUCCUUAAAGUCUCCUUAAGUACACACGCCAUCCGUCGAUUCAAACCAGGGUUCUGCGAACGUCGCAACAGUUCAUGGAGAACGACUUGUGCAAUGUCGGGAGUUUGCCACAUUGCGAAGACAUCCUUUCAUCGGGGAUCACGUCCCAUAGUCACAACUGCGGACGCAUAAAUUUUGUUUCCGUACUAGACUACCUCACUUCCCAAUCAUGUGUUUAAAGGGCAGGAAGCAACGCGAAAAUAUUCUGCGUCCUUUAUUCUGAAGGUGGAUUACACUACAAUAUCACCAGGGCACGGCCAGAGGUUCAAGGCGUUCGGUAACCUAAUGAAACGCAUAAAUCAUUUCACUUUCAUAGAAUUUUACUUUUCAGUUGAUGUACUUUGAAUGGUAAAUGCCAUUACAAAGUGUGGAGCGUACAGAAAGUUUUAAAACCGCAAGGAGUAAUUGCUGUACAUACCAUACGUCAUUUCAAUGGUCACCUCAAGAAUUACGAGGAACUUCUCCCAGCAAUAACGUCCCACUCCAUCAGUCUAAGUCGUAAUCGCUUUUCGAGGCGCCUGCGAUGUUUUACAAAAUGGACUUAAAAAUCGCAGCGUCGUCGCUGGUGAAGGGCUUGAGCUAUGAACUGAAUGGUUUAACAAGAGGCUUGUCUCAGAAGUGUGUUUCGAUCAUUGUACAUGUCAUCAUAUCACUGUGUGAGGAAUCAUCAGUGCCCAAAUUAGCAUUUCAUGCGUUUGUAUGAAAGAGCACUUUUCAAAUGAUUUCUCCUACGCCAUAGACACGGCCACGUACCAUGUAUAAGUGUUCGUAUUUCACGCCAUGUCAACCCUGGCAGGGUGAAGUAGAAGAACCAAGUCCUUGUUCCGAAGUGUUUCCUUCUCCUCUAGAGUCUACGAGAAUGUGUACAUGUGGCCAAAUGUUUGCAACUAAAUUAUUGUUUCCUUGUCAAAACAUAAACAUAGGGUAAUAAAGAUGCUUUUUACUCUUGA